UAGCGGCAUGGUUACGUGACGUGACGGGACGGUGACGACAUUGACCGACCUUGGGGCAUGGGGCAGAUUACAUUAUUCAAGGAAACCUUCCAAAGUCUAGUGUAGCUUCAGCUAGUCAACAUGGUGGAUGUAGACCCUGGUAUAGCAAAAACUGGUGCAUACAAAUAUGAAGACGGUACUCGCUAUGUGGGUGAAUGGAAUUCUAAGGGACAAAAGCAUGGUAUGGGUCAUUUAAUGCUCCCCGAUGGUACCAGAUACGAUGGUGCCCUGGCUAGUGGACUAUGCUCCGGACUAGGCGUCAUGGCGUUCCCUGAUGGAGCUAAAUAUGAAGGAGAAUUCAUGCAAGGAUGGUUCCAUGGUCAUGGAGUUUUUUGGCGAGCUGAUGGUAUGAAAUUCGAGGGUGAAUUUAGAGGUGGACGCGUUUGGGGGUUGGGUAUAGUAACUUUCAAUGACGGAAGCAAUGGUUUUCCAAGAAAUGAAGGCUAUUUCCAAGAUUGUAGAAUGGUGCGUCGUAAGCGGUGUCCCGAAGUGGUGCAGAGAGCUCAGAAGGUGGCUUACAUGGCAAGGGCUCAGUGUCAACAGAUGUAAUUGAAAUUAAACGCCGUAUGUUCUUAAUUCAAUAAAAAUUCUGCUCCGGAAAAAUAAACAUUCAAGUAUUUUUUUUUUGUAUCGCAGAAAUAAAAAAUAACAACCAAUCUUAUUCUUUAAUAUAAUGACA